AUUCUUCAGCUUUGAAUGACCAAUCCAUCAGUUUUGGAAAGCAGGAAGCGGCGGCACGUCGUUCCUGGCCCAAAGAGCGGCGAGCCACCGUGGGACACCGCACUCUCCGGCGGGACUUUGGCUGUCGGCAUGUGGGCUCGCUUGUGGACCGGGGUCGGGCCUUCGGGGGUCGGGCGGCGGGCUUGGGGCGAAGCUCGGCUGCGGGCGGCGGCCGGAGAGCCGCGGCGACGCGACGCUUCGUCAAGUGCGGAGGCCGCCUCCGCCUCGAAGAAGACGCCUCUGUUUGACUUCCACAGGGCGCAUGGUGGAAAGAUGGUGGACUUUGCGGGCUGGCGUAUGCCCGUGCAGUACAAAGACAGUCACGUCAGCGCUCACAUGCACACCAGAGAGCACUGCGCCAUCUUUGACGUCAGUCACAUGCUGCAGACCAAAGUCCAUGGCAAAGACAGGGUCAGGUUCAUGGAGUCUCUGGUGGUGGCAGAUAUUUCAGAACUGAAAGACAACCAGGGUACGCUGUCCCUCUUUACCAAUGAGAAGGGUGGCAUCAUGGACGACCUCAUCGUAACGAAGACAAAUCAGGGUUAUCUGUACGUGGUCUCCAACGCUGGCUGCGCAGACAAAGACUCUGCUCACAUGAAGGCCAGACUCGCAGAGUUCAAGGCGUCAGGCUCGGACGUGGAUCUGGAGUUCCUUGACGACGCGCUGAUUGCGCUGCAAGGACCGUCCGUGUCUCAGGUGCUGCAGGAGGGCUUGAAGGAGGACCUCGGCAAGCUGACCUUCAUGACCUCUGCCCUGGCCACCGUCUUCGGUGUUCCCGGGUGCAGGGUCACCCGAUGCGGCUACACUGGCGAGGACGGGGUGGAGAUCUCCGUUCCCCAGUCCAGAGUGGUGGAACUGACUGAGAAGCUGCUGGCACACAGCGAGGUCAAGCUGGCCGGCCUGGGCGCCAGGGACAGCCUGCGACUGGAGGCGGGCCUUUGUCUCUAUGGCAACGACAUAGACGAGAGCACCACGCCCGUGGAGGCCGCUCUUGUCUGGACGAUAGGAAAGCGACGGCGUCGGGCCCGGGACUUCCCCGGUGCGGACGUCAUUGUCCCUCAGAUCAAGGCGAAGACCGCCAGGAAGCGAGUCGGCCUGGUGUCUAACGGCCCCCCCGUCAGACAGCACACACCCAUACUCUGUCCUGAUGGAAAGCUCAUAGGCGAGGUGACCAGCGGCUGCCCUUCCCCUUGUCUGAAGAAAAAUGUUGCCAUGGGUUACGUGGACGCCGCCUUCUCAAAGAACGGGACGGCAAUUCAGGUGGAGGUCAGGAAAAAAGCGGUGGCCGCCACCGUGUCCAAGAUGCCCUUCGUCCCUGCCAACUACUACUCUGGCUAGGGGCGACGUUCCGACGGUCCUCUUACACGGGAACCCGUGGCCGUUCCUCUAGUUUUCCGUAGCCGCCGGCCAAUGGAAAGCAAGCAUCUCGGUGUUUUUCUCUCAAACGCAACGAAAAGGUCUUUAGUUUGUUGUUGUAUUUAAAUCACAGAAAAUGUGCCCCCAUUUUUCAUUGGCUAAAGACCGUAAUACCUCUCGUAUUGAUCGAAGGAGCCUAUUUGCAACACCGAUGUAGUUAAUGCUCAAUAGAAGAAGAAGUGAGCAUAUAUAUGGCAAUUUGUCAAACUUGAAUAAUCAAUAAUCAUCGUUUGAGGUCAUGAAAGUGGUGGCUCAUUCUCAUUUUAAUUUCUAAGUACUAUAUCUAUCUUUUUCCAACAUUUUCUGUCCUCUUUUGGUAAAAGCAAACAGCUGAGUUGUGACAAUUUUACAACUGCGAGAAAUGUGAUGUUUUGUACGACGACGACGACGACAGCCAAAAACUGCCGAUUAAUGAAAACUGCCACUGUUCUAUCAAAAAGUGUCCUUACAAAUGUUUCUUUUGGGCUCCAAUCAUUUUGUAUUUAAUUUUCAAAAUAUCUUUGAAAUGAAAAUGUAGCGCACAUUAUUUCGUAAAGUUUGAACGAAAAAGCCUAGCAAUGUUCCAUUGAUGCACUUUUCGGACCAAAUGUCUACUGAUGUUUUGAAUAUGAACAUGACAUAUACUGUAAGUGAGGAGUGAUUGACUAACUUUCGAAACUUGAGUCCUUUAAUUGUGCAAACUACUGAUGCAAAAUUGUUUCACUUUUUGUCAACUGUCUUGCCCUGUGUAUGUGAAUCAUUACUUGAUCUGUAGCAUUUUCAACUGUAUUUGAUAUUUCUCUUUAUUGAAGGCGAUCUUACGUUUUAAUCACCAAAAUGCUUGUGUUUCAAACAUAAAAUUGAACAAUUCUC